CCUAUCACUUUCCUUCUCGUCCAUUGCACUGGUCUCUAGUCCUUAUACCCUGUCAUUCUCGGUCUCUCGAUAUCUAAGCUCAGUCAUACAGGCUAUACUUAGAUGCCCACCGUCCUCAUCACCGGAGCCAAUCGAGGAAUUGGGGCGGGCUUCGUCGAGGGGUACCUUGCCAAGGGAUACACAGUCAUCGCGGCAGCUCGGGAUCCGAGUGCUGUCAAGACGAAAGAUGGCGUCAUUCCAGUCAAGCUUGACGUCUCGUCUCAGACAGAUGCACUGGAUGCUGUCUCUGAGUUGCGAUCGAAACAUGGCCUCACAAGUAUAGAUAUCAUCAUAGCGAACGCAGGUACACACGGGACGAAUCAGAAGCUCAAAGACGUUCCUGCGUCCGUAAUGCACGAGUGCUGGACUGUGAAUACACUUGGCCCACUUCUCCUGUAUCAAGCUGUCUACCCUCUCAUCCCACGUACUGGCAAGUUUGUCGUCAUCUCCUCUUAUCGCGGUAUGAUAGGACAGCAGCAUGAGACACUGGAAGGGGCCUACGGACACAGCAAGGCAGCGGUCAACUACAUUGUCUCGAAAUUGCAUUGUGAAGAAGUAUUCAUCACGCUCGCAUUGAAUCCUGGAUGGGUACAGACAGAGAUGGGCAAUCGGUCGGCCCAAUUCGCAGGAUUUGGCGAAAAGGCGCCUCAACAAAUUCAGGAUGUGAUUGGUGAGGCUUGGCGGGAGGUGAAGGCGCAAGACAAGGGAUGGACUCUGACUUCGGUACCUGGUCAAUUCUUAGAGCCAAUGAUCAACUUGAUUGACAAGAGUACUAAAAAUGGCAACAGCGGCAAGUUUUUACAAUGGUAGGUCGAUAGUCGGGCGAAAAGGCCUCCGGGGUGACCACAAUCAGGAACGGGA